CACGCUGACUGUCACACAGGGUUGAAAAUAAUCCAUUUUAUUUUUUUGAACAAGGCUUGAAUAAUCCAUAAAAGCUAUUUCAUUAUAGAGUCCUCUGCUUUGUCUAUCGGACAAGAGAACCGAUCUAGCUUUCAAGAGACAAUGUUGCCCGAGAGUGAGAACCGAGAAAAUCUCAGCAGCCCUAGCUUCAUUAAGUCUUUGUCUCUAGGACAAAACUGGAAAUCUAAAUCCAUGAGGAUUUUUCCGGAAGAGUUUGUGAGAAGCGCUGGUGAGGCGUUUGUACACAGGGUAGUGCUUAGUGUUCUCUGGAACAAUUCCUGGCAAUGUUGGCUCCAGCAAGACAAGAAUGGUCUGUUUAUGGUCGAAGAAGAUUGGGAUGAGUUUGUGGAUGACAACCUUUUAGAUACAGAUGAUAUCUUGCUUUUCACACACCAAGACACAAUCUAUUUUCAAGUGAGAAUCUUCAAGAAAGAUGGGAGCGAGAUCACUUCAGUACCUCUUGAAGGUGAACCUGAGACUCAACCAUUUCACCAGGAGACAACCCCUGCCUUUGCCUCUGCAAACGGAGGAACAAGUAGCCGAGCAAGAAAGGGUUAUGCUCAUGUCGAAAACCCUAAGCGAUACCUCUUAAAUCCGAGAAACCCUUACUUCGAGAAGACGCUAACGAAGACGAACACAGUUCUGUAUGUGAAUACGUGGGUGAUUGAGGAGUAUGACUUGGAGUUUAGUCCUCCUAAUACCCACAUGCACUUCCUUCUUCCCGAUGGAGAAACACUCGAUGGCUACACCAAGGAUUACGGCGGUUCACAUAGUUUCCUUGGCUGGGCAGCUGUAUGUGAAAGGUGCAACUUGAGAACAGGAGACACUGUGGUUUGUGAACUUGAACUCUCAGGACGUGUGGUUGUAGCUGUUAGAGUGCAUUUACUCGAUGAAUGACAAGUCAACUCUACUCUCCUUGUUAGUCAGGUCUCUGAACAUUAGUUUUAACCCAACUUAUUAUUGUAAUGUUAGAUGUAAUCUCUAUGUUGGUUUAACCAAUUUGUAACACUAAAAAAUGUGAUCCUUAUGUUGGUUAAACAAACAGACCAUAUCAAUAUAAGAAGUAAAAGUCGAGGACAUUGCGGCAUAGAUCCUA